AUGGCGUUCUCGUUUCCGCAGCAACAGCCGCUUCUCCAGCAGAGCACUCCGAAUCCCUUUCAGACGCAGACGCCGCAGCAGCAGCCGCAGUUUCAGUUUAAUCCUCAGCAGCCCCAGCCGUCGCCACAGCCCCAGUUCCAAUUCCAGAUGCAACAGCCGCAGUCUCAGUUCCAAAUGCAACUCCCACAACAACAGCCUACGUUUCUAUUUAAGAGUGACAAGUCGCCGGCCACUUACAAUACUAAGUGGGAGGAGCUCCAUCCUGACUCGCAGAAAUACCUUCUGGAGAUCGAGUGGGUUUCUUGUUUCCCAUCUCCUUUCUUCUUUUUGUCGCAAGAAUGUUCAUUUCUCGUCAUUUUUUUAUCCGCCGUUUUCUUGAGUUCAUAACACGAUGUAAACUGGCGAGUCAAGGAGCAAUUUUUUUUAAGUGUGCCAUUAUCAAAUCUGUUCGAUACAAAAGACCAAAUUUGAAACAUAUUGGCCAUAAUUUGGAGCGCCGGGAGUAAUUUUCACCUUCGAUUCAUCUCUGACGGAGAGUAAUCGUUUUCUUCACAUUUCAAUUAUUUUUAUUUUCUUUGAUACUUUGAGAUUCAUUUUACUAAUGUUGUUACUCGAUGUUGAAUUUUAUAAAUAUAUAUAUAUAUAUAUAUAUAUAUAUAUAUAUAUAUAUAUAUAAUAUGCGUAGAUAUAUAGGUGUGGUAUCACUUCAAGGAAGUUUAUCCCUUGACUGCGUUGUUGACAAUGAUUCUUAUUUGUAGGACAAGGAUUUUGGAGUAUAGAAACGAAAGUCAAAGGCUUGAUCAAUGUAGCCGGUUAUGUGAUUCAUCAAUAGCCAACAACGGGUUUGAACUUGAUGCUACUCGUAUCAUUCAGGUCUGAUGAAAAACUUAUUGGCUCUUAGAUCUGUUCGAUAUUUUACAACGAAUUUCCUGUUGUCUUUUGUUAUUUAAGAAUCCUCAACGUGUUGUUUGCAUUUGAAGUUCACAAGGCUGAGGUUAUGUGAGAAGAAAUCACGACGAGUUUCUUUCUAGAAUGCUGACAUGCUUUAGGCAGUCUGUAAUGUCACACUAAGACCAUUCUUUUGCACAGUUCGUAUUCCUAUUUUACGACCAGAUUUAUGUGAUGUUCUGAUACAAGUAAAACUAAUUUUUAUAUUCGUUGAUGUUCGAAGACAGUCUGUAAUGUCUUCGAAGCUUUCGCUGAAAAUUGUUGAAAUUGUCUUUUUGUAGGCCUAAUUAGAGACUACAGAAAUAUGAUCUGCUAUGUUACCAAAUGCAUGAUAGUCGUCCAUUAUCAGCCUGUAUUAUGCAAUAGGUUUAAGUGCAUACUGAAGCCGUCAUAGGAAUGGUGAUUACAAUCACCUUGUUUAGUUGAUGGCAUUUUGUGCAAAGACAUGCUAGACAUGUAAGAACUAAUCACCUAACAAAUCCAAAUCCUUGACGAAAAAGGAUAUCAAGCUACAUUAAUUACCUUACCAUAUAUUAUCACUGAUAUUGUCAUUAUGGCUAUGAUUUCUAUGUAUUUUUCUCUUUAUUGGAACCAUGGAGAUGCACGUUACUCAUCUUAGGAUGUUCUGUCAGAGGUCAGCGAGUUUCUCUUCAGAAUUCUGAUUCAGAUGUUGACAUGAUAUGCUGACCUUUGUGAACAAGUAAAUGCCUUUUAAAUAUUGUAAUAGUUUCAUAAUGCUCUAUUCCUAUGUGGUAAUGGAAAACGAAAUAUCAGAAUUACUGUAAUAUCAGUAGCUUUCGAAAUCAAAAUAGUAUAAACGAUUGUUCGUUGAUCCAUAGUUAUCUGUUUCUACCAUUAGCUGUUGUUUUGUUGUAAUUAUGAAAUAUUCAUUUGUUGCUUUGCUUCUCCGUCUGCCACCAUUGCUAAUUCCUGUAUUUUACACAUUAAGGUAAGUUUUUAGCUUAGCUUUUUAGAUCUUCUAUAUCUUCUUUUCGAGGGCAUCCGUCCUAAGGUUCGUUGUAGUUCUUGCUAAAUGCUCCAGUGUUUCCAUCUUUUGUUGGAUCCUUUCUUGUUAGUCUACUUUUUUAGGGGAAAAUGCUCAGGGAGCAGACUGAAACUAGUGCAUAUCCCAUGUGCUUGGCCAACUGCCCACAAGAGCGCCAAACUCUCUCUUCUUUGUUGCUUGUUUCCUUGUCAUUGGUGACUAGUGGAAUCCGAAGACUGUUGUCGAGUGUCUGGCACACUCUUAAAAUAUUUCAGGUGAGUUUCAAGGCCGAGGCCAGUCAGCAGGUCCAGUCAACUUUUGGGUCAACUGUCAUCUAAUUUGUUUCAUGUCUUUCCAUUGCAAAACUCUGCUCAAACAGUUCCAUUCAAAAUACAAAACGUAACUUUUGGUCGGUCCUAACGUUUAUAACCGAGCAUUUAUACUCUCCAGGAUUAAAAAAAAUCAUCUAGAAUUUCUUUGAUGGAGUGUAGAUUUUGUUGUUUCUUAUCUUAAAUACUUUAUUCACGUGGAUCGGAUAUCGAAUUUCUUUGAUGGAGAUAUGGUUGAUCCUGUUGUCCAUGAUGGCAGAAGAAGCUUGGAGAGCAUUGAUCUGUGGUUAAUGAGCGUCGAUUUUUUUCUUAUGGCAGGAACUUGGAGGAAUUAGUAUCUCUACGGACAGAGAGAAAAAUGUGGUUCAAGAAUUAAUGGCUUCAGCAAAAGAAAUGAUGAGGAACACCGAAUUUGCCGUUCGCUCAUUUAUGAUCCUUCAUCCCAGGUUUUUUCAUCCAAGCUCUACAGCUUCUAAUGCUGGUAUUGGUGGCCAAGCCACUGGAAUUUCUCCUCAAAUGGCCAGCUCCAUGGGAGCUCAGGAUUUCUACAGUGGUGUGCCAAAGCGACCAUCUCCAUUUUUCAUCAGCACUGUGACUCAAUUUGAGAAAUACCUUGCGGAAUGUCAGCUGUGGAUCGAGGAGUUAGAACAGUUGCUCCACGUAGAUAACAAAAACGCCUUUUCCAGCCCAAGCUUUUCAUUAGAGAGUCUACCUUCAGUUUUAUCCAAUGUUUAUGACUACUUCAUCUAUACAGCAGCAAAGGUAUGAUCGUCGCUUCCUCUGUGUCUUUAUUGUCAUUUCCUUCACUGAUCUUGAUCCCAUUGUCUUAACCUUUCAAAACCAGUUUUAUGCGACAUGGCACCAAUUUUUUAAUGCUAUUAACGGGUAGCAUUGGAUGCCCUCUCACCUUCUUCAUUAGUUCCUCAUCCCCCCCCUUCCCGGUGGGAUUCUUAUUAAGUGUAAGUUGUCCAAGAAAAAGACUGACAACCGUUCCUUCCAGUACUAGGAAGUAAACCCCAAAACCCUAAACAGAGAAGAACCUGCAAUUUACAGGCCAUCGUGUUGGAGAAAAAAAAAAUGUCCGUUUGAUUUUGAACCCUAAAAAUUCGAAUAGGGCAUUCUCCUGAUUUAUGUUCGAAGAAAUAGAUGCCAACAAAUAGCUUAGAUCUCUGAAUCAUGUCUUGGCGAUCGUGUUCAUGCUGGAGUUCUCAGAAGGAUGGCCCAUUUUUCUCCUGCAGGUGGAGAACCUCCAUCAGUAUAUUGAAUCCAUGAAGACGGCUUAUCUUGCAGACCAGAGGCGGCGGGGUGAUUUCAGUGAUCCAUUUCUUGAGGCCGACCGGAGGGAGACUGCCAAGCUAGAAGCUGCUGCCAAGAGGGUUCAUCCAACGCUGCAUCUACCAGCGAUUCCUUCACAGUCGCCCACCGCCGCUGUCUCUCCAUUUCCCGGCUCUUCAACACCGGCACCAUCUGUGUUUCCGCAACCCGGGGGGGGCUCUUCUGGAAGUGGGCAGUCGUUGUUCAGCACACCAUCGUCCGCAGUGGCCUCUGCUGCCGCUCCCGUGUCUUCACUAUUUUCAACGCCGUCAUCCGUCCCAACUUCUGGGCUGUUCGGCCCACCUGGUUUCUCUCCUCAGUCUACGCCCUUUGCACCCACCCAGACUCCAUCUCUGCUCGGACCUGGUACGCCAAGCUUCAUGCCUACACCGUCCAUUGGGAGCUCUCCACUUUUCUCUCUACCGUCCUUUGCCUCAGGUAUGCAUGUCACAAUCCUUUUACUCAGAAGAACAUUGAACAUCUUGAUGGCAAAUGGCUUUUUAAAUUAUUUGAAAUAAAUAAAUUAUCAGGAUCUGUGCAAAACUUGGGCAGAUCUAUUGGUCAACGGAAUGGGAUUUAUUUUAUCUUUUUAUUAUUUUAAGCUCAAAUCUGUUUCACAAAGAUUUGGCGAAACUAAAGAAAGAGGUGGAUGGGUUGGGGUUGACCUCAAGUUGGGAGCCAGCUAUGGAACAUUGAGUGUCUGAAUUUAUGGGAUUUUGCAGUCUUCAAAAGCUCUUAGAUGAACCCAGGACAAUAUGGUGUGGAUUUAUGGAGUUUCAUAUGUUUUCUAGAGAGAGAAAGACAGAGACAGAGAACAACCUAUUUGGGGUGUCUGCAGGUCAGUAGGCCCGCAGCCCAGCCCAGCAGGGUUUUCCCUGGGACUUGGCCUCAAAAUAAACGUAGAGUGAAAAAUGGGUCUGGUCAGAAGCUUGGGAUCCUCUCUCUCUCUCUCUCUCUCUCUCUCUCUCUCUCUCUCUCUCUCUCUCUCUCUCUCUCUCUCUCUCUAGGUUAGGUUUAGACCUGUGACAUUGCAAAUGGCAGAUCUCCUUUUCCGGAGUGCAUUGGUCCAUGGAGUGCACCUUUAAAAUGAGUUAUUUGUGCAUCUACAUUUAUGCCUUGUUUUCUGCCCGUUCUUAGGUGCUGCAGUGGGAUCUGGGGCCAGCUUUGGUGGCACAUCGGUGAGUUGAAAUCGCUCUGCUCUGCUCCUGCUUUUAGCAUGAUUUCUGUCUCGUGAUGCCAGUUAUCGUCUGUUUCUGAAUGAAAUUGUACAAAAAUGCAGAAGACCUCAAAGCCCAAGUCUCGAACAUCCAGGCGUUGA